AUCCUGCCACUUGUGGAAAUUUUUACCGGUUUUCAUGUUUCUACUCCCGUAAUUCAAUAUAGCAGCGUCUUCAAGCACGGGAUUUUGUGAUAUUAUCUGAGAUUUAAAACAAUUAUCUGGGAUUGUAGAAAUAGAGAGGAAGCGUUUUUAUGUGUGUUUAAUGUCAUAUAUGUGCAUCAUUCUGAUAAAGGGAAGACAAGGGAUGAUAUCAAGACAAAGUGAUAUCAAACAAGCCUGAUCGAGUGAUAGUAUAAAAUUAUUAAGAGUGUGGAAUAAUUGCAAAUUGAUUGCCAGCUGCUGCACAUACACCAUUUGGCUUGACAUCGGGGAACGUCAUGUUCAUGGGAAUGUAAGUGUAUCUCCCAAAUCAAAGCUUGAGGUCAAAAUAACCGCUGACCAAGGGAAGAGGACUUGGUGGGGGUCGGUUUAGAGACCGGAUUGCGGACGAUGCGUGAGCGAGAGUCGGCCCUUUGGACGGCUGGGAUGAGAAUGCUGGGCCGGGUCCUCCUAGCCUGGCUCUUGGAGUGGAGAGUGUUGGCAGCGGAGCCUAGUUUCCGGGUGCCUCCAGAGAACGUGACGGUUGUAGCGGGCGGGCUGGCCGUGCUCCCCUGUUCAAUAAUACACCUGACGGCCGAACACAAGGUUGUAUGGACGGACGCGGAGGGGUUUCUGCUGUCGCUCAAUGAGAAGCGGGUUUAUGAGGACACGCGGUUCAGCGUGGAGCGGCCCUUCAAGAAGUACUGGAACCUCCACAUCAGGGAUACGCGCCCUGCGGACGCCGGCAAGUACGUCUGCCAGAUCAGCACUGACCCUGUCAAGGUUAAGGAGGUCAUGCUCUACGUCCAGGUUCCGGCAAAAAUCAUUGACAUGUAUUCGAGCGACGCCGUUACCGCCAUGGAGGGGGAGACGGUGACGCUCACCUGUAAUGCUUCAGGCGAACCAGCGCCGGAAAUCACGUGGUUCCGUGCAUACAACAGCGCAACAAAGAGCAAAGAACGUAUCGGUUCGGAUGGAGAGAUGUUGAAGAUAUACAAUGUGUCACGUGAUUGUGGCGGUACGUACGUCUGCAUCGCGGACAACGGCGUAGGUGACGAGGCAGUCCGCGAGAUGGAGAUAACCGUCAACUAUGCCCCGGAGGUUUAUCUUAAGACAACGAGGAUGGGCCAGUCUCGGGGAAAGGAAACAAUACUGGAGUGUGACGUCAUGGCGCAUCCGCACGGCGUCAUGAUCUGGGAGCGCGACGGCAAGGACCUCGCCGCGGACACGAGCGGGAAGUACCAGGUUGAGAUAUUCGAGACAAACUACCACUUGUACAAGAAGACGCUUAGUCUCCGUAUCCGUGACAUCCAGGACGCGGACUUUGGUCGCUACACGUGCAGCGCGGAGAACUUCAUAGCACGUGACUCCGAGUCCAUGAUCCUCUAUGAUUAUUCUCUGACGUUGAACCGGCUGACGUCGACGACGCGGCGGCCUGACGUGCUGAUACCAUCCCGGAACUUGCACACGACCCUGCGUCCCAAGGCAUGGAAUAAGGACACGUCAGAGGACAACAACACCGACCAGAAGAGGAACAAGGGCUUCAGUAGAAAAACUGUUUUAAUAAAUCCGGGAGCGAUACGGGGUCGGAAUGCGGGAUACCAGAACAGUGCUGACUGGGGACCGGUCCUGUACGCCGCCCUGACCUGCUUGCACGCCCUCGUCAUGGCGUCCCGCACCGCCUCGUGACGCGGACACCGCCAAGACAGCAUCCCGACGCCAUCGAGACAUGCUCACCAACAGACACCCUGCCGGACGGGAUAUUCGGUGUCACCAUACUGAUACAAACAAUUCGGAGGCUUGUUUUGGGCAGUUAAACGUGAAUUACUCGAGAAUUGUGUAAAUACAUCCGGAAUGAAAUAAUACUCCGCUGCAAAUGCAACUGGCGCCAAAUACCGUUGUAAAGCUACAGGAGUUAGUGUGAAAUAUGAUUUCAUAUUGACAAUCUACGUUAAUUAAUGUGUUCAUAACGAACAUUACAUGUAUGUUUUGACAUUUUCAAUGAAUGUGUUCUUCCAUAUACGUUAUGGCUAUUAUAAAACAUGUAUAAGAUAUACUCUAUUUGUGCUGUUCCAUUCUAUAAACAGUUAAAUGUUCUGGAUGUAUAUGGGAAAGUCACUUUAGUGAUUUCCUCAGCUAUGUUAUUACGUGUACAACAUGUGGUUAGGUCAAUGUACAUGGGUCCACGUUCUAUGGUCGAUGUACUUGAAACUAUGUUUUUGACUCAAAGUGUUUGGCAUCAUGUGCUUGAAUCAAUGUGUUUGGCACCAUGCCCUUUGAUCAAUAUGUUUGGCAAGGCACCAUGCGCUUUGAUCAAUGUUUGGCAUUAUGCGCUUUGAUCAAUAUGUUUGGCACCAUGCGCUUUGAUCAAUGUGUUUGGCACCAUGUGCUUGGAUUAAUGUGUUUGGCACCAUGUGUUUGGCACCAUGCGCUUUGAUACAGGUGUUUGGCACCAUGUGCUUUGAUCCAUGUGUUUGGCACCAUGCGCUUUGAUCCAGGUGUUUGGCACCAUGCACUUGGAUCCAUGUGUUUGGCACCAUGCGCUUUGAUAAAGGUGUUUGGCACCAUGCACUUGGAUCAAUGUGUUUGGCACCAUGUUCUUGUAUCAGUGUGUUUGGCACAAUGAACUUGGAUCAAUGUGUUUGGCACCAUGAGCUUGGUUCAAUGUGCUUGGAUCCUUGUGUUUUGCACCAUGUGCUUGGAUCAUUGUGUUUGGCACCAUGUGAUUGGAUCACGGUGUUUGGCACCAUAUGCUUGGAUCACUGUGUUUGGCACCAUGCGCUUUGAUUAAUGUGUUUGGCAACAUGUACUUUGAUCAAUGUGUUUGGCACCAUAUGCUUGGAUCACUGUGUUUGGCACCAUGUGCUUUGAUCAAUGUGUUUGGCACCAUGCGCUUUGAUCAAUGGGUUUGGCACCAUGUGCUUGGAUCAAUGUGUUUAGCACCAUGCAUGUGGAUCCAUGUGUUUGGCACCAUGUGAUUGGAUCACUGUGUUGGGCACCAUAUGCUUGGAUCCAAGUAUUUGGCCUCAUGUGCUUGGGUCCAUUUUUUAGGGUUCAUGUGUUUGGGUCAAUGUGCUAAGGUCCAUGUGUUUGAGUAUGUGUUUUGGUACAUGUGUUUGAUAUGUAUAGACAUAAAUUUCAAGGUCGAAGUCAUUUAUGAUUAAAGCAUUUAUUAAUACUCCUUAUGAAAAGGGAUUACUCCUCAGUUAAAGUUUGAUUUUACAUUUGUUAAAACAUAUGCUCAUUUAAAUGAGCGAAAUGACCUCUUUGUCGUUAUGUUUGGCAUUGCUGUGUUGAACUUUUUUUUGAUGAUUGAAUGUUUUGUAGAUAUUGAUAUACUGGAAUAGUAUACAUGGAAUAAAA